AAAAAUCACAGAUCGACCCUGAAGAUCAUCCUGGCCGUUUGAUCCCUGUGGAAUAUCUCAAGAAUGAACCUGGAGGUGGUUACGGCUAAAAUCCUUUCGGACUGGAAAAGUCCGGACGAGAGCGCUUUUGGAGAAGAAGAGGACUCCCUGCAACCAACUUCGCCUGAGUCCACGUUGGAAGGUGUGUGCGCGUCCCCGGAGACAUGCCCUUGCUCCGGCAUGCACCGGGACUUGGAUGGUCUGUCGUUUGGCUUCUCGAGACGCAGAGCUGCUCCGGCGCCAAGGCAGAACAAGCCCAAGAUGUCCAUCAACAGGCGCAUGAAGGCCAGCGAGAGGGAGAAGAUGCGCAUGAGGAGUCUCGCGGAGGCUCUGCACCAGCUGCGUGAUUAUCUGCCGCCGGAUUAUAGCAAGAGGGGCCAACCGCUGACCAAAAUACAAACGCUCAAAUGUACCAUCGAAUACAUCAACAAGCUUUCGGACAUCCUGAGCCGUGCGUAAAAGGCGCAGAGCGGACACUUUUACGCACGCUCUCUGAUUAGCAAAGCAACAUCUUUGUGACAUCUUGAUAGUUCUGUAGCAUUUUCCUGCCCUCUUUACCGUGUUUUUUGGUGUUCAUAUUAUUCAGGGGGUUAUUCUUGGAGAUUCUUUUGUAUAUGUAGCUGUUUGAUUUCUGUGGAUUUGACGUGUGGAAAAUUUUAAACUGGCGUGGAUCAAAAUAU